CCACAGCUGACCACUCGAUCAAUUAUAGUCCAAUUUGUUUGCUCAAAUCACACUAAAGCCCCCUCCCAACUCAGUCUCAACAUGUUCAAGCUGUCCGCUCUCGUUGUCCUCGUCGCUGCCAUCGCCUGCAGUGUGGCGGAGGCCAAGCCUGCCGUUGUGGUGGGUGCUGCUGUUCCUGCGGGUGUGGUGACUGCCACCAGCUCCCAGUAUGUGGCACGUAACUUCAAUGGAAUCGCCGCUGCCCCGAUUGUAGCACCAGUGGCUGCCGCCUACACCGCACCUGUUGCUGCCGCCUACACCGCACCUGUUGCUGCUGCUUACACCUCUCCUGUGGCUGCUGCCUACACUGCCCCAGUGGCUGCUGCCUACUCCGCUUAUCCUUACUCCGCAUAUCCCUAUGCCAGCUAUCCUUAUGCCGCUGGCUACACCACUGUCUUGUAAGAGGCAAAAAAGGAUCUAAGACGGACUGACAACUGACUUUGGAAUGCAAUAAAAACACACACAAA